AGAACGCGAAUGGAGGUUUUCUGUGCGAACGGAUCGACGUAAGGGAGAAGAGGUCCGCGCGAUAUGGACUCGUAACGGACGAUAGGUGCCUCGAUUUUCGUGACGUUACCCGAACGCGCAAUGGCGAGGUUAAUCCGGUAUGAGGAAACGCUAGAAACGGCGAUAAAGUAAACAGCUGCGAAAGAAAGAAUGGACGCGCGGUUCAGAUUACUGUAGCACAAAAUGUGACGCUUAAUUUGUAGCUACUUAAAAGCACUAGCAUACACAAGAUGGACAAAGUUAUACCAAUGAGUUGGUUGAACCAAAUAUUGCUAGUUUUUAGUACAGCGGCUGCUGUGUUGUCUUUAGUUAUACAGGUAUGGAUAGAUUUCACAUCUAUACCGAUAUAUGUUUCCAUCUCUUGGGCUGUGUUCAUCACAAUUAUAUCCAUAUGGCUGAGUUGCUGCUUGUUACGUCUCACACUGAAAGCCAAUAGUCCAGUUAAUUUAGAAUUUGUGAAUAAAUGGAUUCACAAGAGAUUAGCAAGUUAUUUAAAGUUGGAUGGUACUGUAGACAAGGACAAAAAUAAGGAAAUCGACUGCAAAAGUGAUAGUGUACAGCAAGGAAACUUGAGUUCUGCACAAGAAACUAGUGUUAGGUCUGAUAAUAAUACAACUUUGAAAGAUCCUCAUAGGAAUGAAAUCCCUUUAACAAAAAGGAAAAAGCCGAAUGUAACAGAUAUGACGCAAGAAAUCAAUGCAAAAUGUAUAGAAAUUUGGUACAAGAAUAUAAGCAACGACAAGUCAUUUCCUGACGAAGCGCAGUACUUGUUGAGCAAGUUCUUAACCAGACUUGCUUGUAAAGUCAGUCAAAUAGAUAAAAUAAAACUUACCAAUAAGCUGGCUGAUGUAUUAUUGUUGCAUUUAAAGGAAUACCGUAGGACACUACGCCGAGUCGAAAAGGGUGCUGCAAUGAGCAUAGAAGAGGCAUAUAAGUAUUCACAUCCUGGUUCUCGCAGCAUGUCUGCCUUAGAGCAUACGCUACAUCGUUUAGUCACUGUUCUAGCACAGGAGUUUCUACAAUGGGAGUUGACUAGUUCAUUACCAUGCAAGCUUCUGUUAUCUAUUUUAGCAAGGAGGCUCUUAAUAACCAUAGAAACAAUAAGCUGUCCGAAUUGGUUGAUCGAGAACCUAUUAAGACUACUAGAAGAUCCAUCAAAGGAAGCUGUUGUUACCCCAGCCAAGCAAAACGUCAAUGGUAUUAUAACCGUCGCUCUGAGUGAUGGCAUCGCGUCCGCCACAGCGGCUGUAAUUCCGCAGCAAUUACCGACAUCUCUGCCCAAAUCUAGUCCAUCUGCAGCUACUGUAAACGGAGACGAGAGUACAGCUUCACCAGCAAUUCCAGAAAGACCUACUCUGUGCCUGGAAGGUCUCUCCACGGAACACAGAGGCCUUUGGGGAGGCAGCAUAACAGAGGAGACGGAUUUAGAACUAGAAGAGGAUAAAAUAUCGCCGGUCUACGAGGAACCGACCGAUUUCGCUACGACCAUCGCUAGACUGCGGAAUCUAUUGCAACAGAAAUCCACGGCAACCACACCACUGCACGCGGAAGAAAAGUCCUACGUGAUAUAUGAAGGAAGCCAGUUCACGAAUUUGUCGGUUCCAUGGACCGAAUUCCAUACCGCGGCGGACGGCUCGCAACAAUUGUUUUACUGCAUACAAUUCGACGAUGUGGAACAGCGUGGAGUAGACCUAUUUGAAACCACUACUGCUACCGUCAGAAGACAGUACUCCGACUUUGUUCAGCUGCAUCUCAGUUUAGAGGAAAUUCCAUCGUUGUCUAGUGUCAUGUCGGAACUAGUGUUGCCGGAGGGCGGGCGAGUCGAGCUCGAGACCUACUUGAAAACGUUAUGCACGCGAUUAGCAAACGAAUGUCCACCACAGCUACGUCACUUUCUCCGUCCGAGUAGCAGCGCGGGCAAGAAAGCGGACGCGGUGGCACCACGUUUCGACCGAUUCCUCGCUAAGACUGUGACUGGUGUUUUCAAUACAUUGAAAACGGUUGUACCGGGCUUCGAGCUGGAUUCAGAAGAAGAAGCACUUCCUUUACCUACUCUAAUGCCUUUGUCCGAUAUACCCUGGAGAUUCGUUGAAGACAUAAAAUCGAAGAGUCUGGCUUGUGAACUCCAACAACUGAUCGCAGAAAGGACGGAAUACUGCACGGUAGAUACAGCUUACGAGGCGGUUGAUUCGAUGGAAGCCAGUGGCGACUCAGAAUCAUUGGAUAGAUGGUGGGAAACCGUUAAUACUUCGUACGACGAUGAAGUGGAUGAACUGGACUCUAAUUUAACGCUGACAUGUACGACGAUAGAUCUCAUUUGCGAGCUUCUCGCAGGAAUCGCUAGUAACAACACGUUGCAGCAGGAAGCGGUCGUUAGAUGGGCUAAGCUAUUAUUCGGUAACAUGUCGGAGCCAAUUCUACAGACAACUAUUCUAUGGUUAUUUGACUCCUUGAGCAAUUCUCCGUUAGUUUACAAUACUCCACACAAUGCCACCAGUCAACCUGAUGCACAGUUGAAGGACAAGUUGCUGCGCAUUUUAAACGGGAAGCUCUCGUACAGCAUCAAAUUAAUAUUCGGUGAGGACGAUGUACACAAAGCCCUGAACUAUCUAUUCAGUACAUAUGAAGUCAAAAAGAUCAAUAUGGAUGUGAAUAUGCAGAUGUUAGACGCAUUAGUAUCUGAAUUACUGGUCUCUUGCAAAACAAAUCACGAUGUCACCAAUUAGUUGAUUCUACUUUUUUAUUCAGUCCCUUAGAUAAAAAACUGGUGAUUUGUAAACCUUGCACACUUAUGUUAUUCUCUCAAUGGUGUUGUGGGAGUCAUUAAGAUAUACUUAUGUCAAAACAUUUAUGUAAAGGAAACUGAUGUGCCAUAUGUAGAACAUAUGUUUACAUUUUGGAAACUGAAAGAUUUUUUAAACUCAAGACUG